CGCUCUACGAUAAGCUGGUGCUCUGGAAUCUGUAUUUUGAAACAUUUACAGUUCAACGAUGAUCCGAGCAAGACUUUCGAAUUGCUUGCCCCUGCUUUUUUUGGUAACCAUUGCCAGUUGCAACCCACCGCGAUGGAACCUAGUGCCAGAUGAUGCCGGCAAUCUUCAUAUGAUCGACGUCUCCCCAGUAGAUCAACCGCACGAUCUGGAUGUCGUCGAACCUUUGUUCGAUCCGGAAACGGACGUCAUCUUCCGGUUGUUCACCAGAUCCAAUCCACAGUCUCCGCAAAUCAUACAAUGGGACAACCCGGAAUCGCUUCUCAACUCCAACUUCAACCCGGCUCAUCCGACCCGGUUCACUAUUCAUGGAUGGGUCAGUGGAGAGGAUGCCAACAUGCAUGGAUUGAUUCGGGAGAAUCUACUCGCACUGGACGAGUUCAACGUAAUCAACGUCGAUUGGGGUGCCGGGGCUCAGACCAUCAACUAUGUGCAGGCUAGGAAUCGUGUUGGUCCCGUAGGAGAAAUAGUAUCCCGUUUCAUCGAUAUGAUGGUGGAGACGAGUGGAGCUUCGCUGGAAAGUGUUUCUGUGACCGGUAGCAGUUUGGGAGCUCACUGCGCCGGAAACGCUGGCAAAUUCCAACACGGUCGAAUCAACACGAUCAUCGGAAUGGACCCGGCCGGUCCGUUGUUUUCGCUUGGUCAGCCGGAUAUCAUACACGAAAGUGAUGGUCAAUACGUGGAAGCCAUUUAUACAAAUUCGGGAUUGCUAGGAUUUGACCUUCCACUGGGACAUGCGAACUUCUACCCCAACGGAGGACGAACGCAACCGGGUUGUGGGAUUGAUAUUACAGGAAACUGCGCCCAUACGCGAGCUCACCAGUACUUUGCGGAGUCCAUCGGAUCACCGCUGGGAUUCGUAGGCCAGCGCUGUGCAUCGCAUGAGGAGAUUCUUGCCGGAGUGUGCACCGAAAGUGGACCGAAUGCACUGCUGGGAGGUGAACCAUCGAACUAUGGAAAAGGAGUGAGCGGUUUCUAUCAUCUGACGACUAAUGCUCAGUCGCCGUUCGCAAUGGGGUGA